UUUUCUUCUCCAGUAGGUACCCUCAAACCGAUCGUCGAAGAGGUCAGCGUCCGACAUCCGAAUGCGAAACGGGGGUAGAGGAGUAAAAGAAUAAACCGCCGAUUCGAAGAGCGCAAAAAACUUAACGGAAUGAACUUGACUCUCGCGACGAAAAAAAGGAAACAAAAGCUCGCGAGUAAACAUGCAAAAUCCGGGAAAAUCACACUCCAGACGAAGACGGAGUUUGACGUAGCGUCCUCCGUGGCGUGCUUCGCAUCAGGUCUGGGAGGUUCUGCGCCGGAAGUCGCGUGUUCGCGGCACCCUUACCCCUCCCUUACCACCGUCGUCUCCUUACGACUGCUCCUACACCCACGCCAAGAAUCUCAGCCAGAGUCUUGCGUGUGAAUCGAACUUGUGUUGGAGGUAGGGUUUAUUGUGUACAGUGGAAAUUUGCUCUAUACGCAGGGUGCUCUACAACCCCGAUGGUAGCACUGCGAUUGGUUGAUCGGCGCCAUGACGAGCUCAAACCUACCCUCUUUUGGUGCUCGCAAGCGUCUUCAGAAAGGCGAGGGUGCCCGCGACGCGAACAUCGUUCCCCACAGCUUUUUCUUACCUUAAAAAUUUUCUCGUCCCAACAAUUUUGUCAACGCGAACCCUUUUAUUUUACAAACUAUGUGAGAUAUCGGUCCUCUUUACCGAAGUGUCGUACACCGAACGUAAUUCGGCGAGUGUUCGUGAUUUAUUCGUAUCUUUCCGAAAAUUAUUAACAGUGCGGUUUGAUUGAAAAAGGCGGUAGUUUAAUCCUCACGUCGUACGGAGUUUACCGCGGUGAAGUCCCGCCGAGCGAAUUGAUAGCGUUUUAUAUUCAAUAUUCGAUGACUUUGACAAAGUUACACGUGUCUUGGUUGAGAUAAAGUAAUUUAAUUGGAUGCGACGAUGCUCGCAAUAAAUUGAACGCUAAUCAUUCGAUAACGAACGAUUCAACAAUCUGGAGAUUAAAACUGUGUGAGUGUUGAAAAAUGCAUCAUGGAAAUAAGAAAUUAAAAAUAUGAGAAUCCCGGUGAAAAUUCACUCCGAUCGCCGAGUAAAAUCAUCGAUUAUUUUCAUGGCCGGGAAAUGAUUAUUAUACCCUCGAAUUUUCGCUUCGGGUCAAACACUCCUGUGACAUGAUCCUGCCUCCACGGUGGUUAACUAUAAAUAAGCUAUGAGUAGCUCGAACAAAAAGCCUUCGGGCAACAAGGACGACAAAAAGAAUCCUUCUAGCAAGGAGGACAGUCCCGCGGGUGGAAAAGAUGACGCCGGUUCAAGCGCGGCAGGUAGCAAUGGAACGAGCAUCGCCGAACCGCCACAACCUGGAAGUAAACCGGGUUCCGCGGGUGCCACUUCCAGGGAAGGUGCCCAAAGACUCUUGGGCCUUGCGGCCCGCGGAGAAUGGGCUCCGGUCGACCAACUCCUCAAAUCUUUGGAAAAGGCGGCGCAAGGGGCGGGCGAAGAGGGGAAUCCAUCGCCGUUGGCCGGUGUGAUGGACCCGGUGACGGGAAUGACGCCGCUGAUGUACGCCGUGAAGGAUAAUCGAACCGGGUUUUUAGACCGGAUGAUAGAUCUGGGCGCUGACGUCGGAUGUCGAAACAACGACAACUACAAUGUUCUCCAUAUCGCAGCGAUGUUCUCCAGGGAGGACGUCGUCAAGUUACUUCUAUCCAAAAAAGGAGUCGAUCCCUACGCAACUGGAGGGUCCAGGCAACAAACGGCCGUCCAUCUGGUGGCUUCUAGGCAGACUGGAACCGCGACUUCGAUUCUUCGGGCGCUUCUCGCAGCUGCGGGAAGAGACAUCAGACUCAAAGUCGACGGCAGGGGAAAAAUUCCACUUCUUUUGGCGGUUGAAGCCGGAAAUCAAUCGAUGUGCCGCGAACUAUUGGCUCAGCAAGCUACGGAUCAAUUACGAGCCACGACGCCGGCUGGAGAUUCCGCUCUUCAUUUGGCGGCCAGGAGAAGAGACGUAGAUAUGGUUCGCAUACUCGUAGAUUACGGAACCUCCGUUGACACGCAGAACGGUGAAGGUCAGACGGCGCUGCACAUAGCGAGCGCCGAAGGUGACGAGACGCUGGUCAAGUACUUUUACGGGGUACGGGCCUCGGCGUCGAUCGCCGACCAUCAAGAUAGGACGCCGAUGCACCUGGCCGCGGAAAACGGUCACGCGUCGGUGAUCGAACUACUGGCGGACAAAUUCAAGGCCAGUAUAUUCGAAAGAACGAAGGACGGUUCGACGCUGAUGCACAUAGCCUCGUUGAACGGACAUUCGGAAUGCGCCACCAUGCUCUUCAAGAAAGGGGUCUACCUCCACAUGCCCAAUAAAAGAGGAGCCAGGUCGAUCCACACGGCGGCGAGAUACGGCCACGUGGGUAUAAUCAGCACGCUCCUUCAGCGGGGUGAAAAGGUUGACGCAACGACGAACGACAACUAUACCGCCCUUCACAUAGCGGUGGAAAGUGCCAAGCCCGCUGUGGUAGAAACGCUGUUGGGAUACGGUGCCGAAGUCCACGUGAGGGGUGGAAAAAUGCGCGAGACUCCGUUACACAUCGCGGCGAGGGUUCCCGACGGAGACAGGUGCGCCCUUAUGCUUCUGAAAUCCGGAGCCGGACCGAACCUGACGACGGACGACGGCCAAACUCCCGUCCACGUGGCCGCCAGUCAAGGAAAUCUCGCUACUAUGUUGCUACUGCUGGAAGACGGAGGGGAUCCGAUGUUCAAGUCAAAAACCGGCGAGACUCCGCUGCACCUGGCAUGCCGCGGUUGUCGAGCUGACGUCGUACGCCACCUGAUCGAAUUCGUCAAGGAACGAAAGGGUCCAGAAAUGGCGACGGCUUACGUGAACAGCGUGACGCACGAGGGUGCCAGCGGAUUGCAUUACGCCGCUCAAAUCGAACCUUCCGAAGUUGCGACGAUGGGGGAUGACCGUGCGGUGGUUAGAGCGCUUCUGGAGGGUGGAGCGGACGUUUCGCUCCAGACGAAACAGGCUCAAGAGUCGGCGUUUCACUACUGCGCUUUGGCCGGAAAUAACGAGGUGCUGUCCGAGAUGAUAGCUCACAUGUCGACGACCGACGUCCAGAAGGCGUUGAAUCGUCAGAGUUCGGUGGGUUGGACGCCCCUGCUGAUAGCGGCGCAUCGUGGACACAUGGAACUGGUGACGAAUCUGCUCGCUAAUCACGCGAGAGUUGACGUGUUCGAUCACGAGGGUCGUUCGGCCCUUCAUCUGGCGGCCGAACACGGAUAUCUUCAAGUGUGCGACGCCCUAUUGGCGAACAAGGCCUUCAUAAAUUCUAAAUCUAGAGUCGGAAGGACAGCUCUCCACCUGGCAGCGAUGAACGGAUACACCCAUCUGGUGAGAUUCUUGGUGCAGGAUUACAGCGCGGCGAUCGAUGUACUGACCCUGAGAAAACAGACGCCACUACAUCUCGCCGCCGGCGCCGGUCAGCUGGAAGUUUGCAAGCUUCUUUUGGAACUAGGCGCCAGCAUAGACGCGACCGACGAUCAAGGACAGAAACCGAUCCACGCCGCGGCCAUGAACAAUUACUCCGAAGUCGCUCAACUCUUCCUCCAGAGACACCCCAGUCUGGUGAUGGCGUGUACGAAAGACGGUAACACCUGCGCGCAUAUAGCGGCGAUGCAGGGCAGCGUCAGGGUGAUAGAAGAACUGAUGAAAUUCGACCGUCAAGGCGUCAUAUCGGCGAGAAACAAGCUCACCGAGGCAACGCCUCUGCAACUAGCCGCCGAAGGUGGGCACGCCGAAGUUGUGAGAGCUUUGGUCAGGGCCGGAGCUUCUUGCGCUGACGAGAACAGAGCUGGAUUUACCGCCGUUCAUUUGGCUGCUCAACAUGGUCACGGGCAGGUACUGGAGGUCAUGAGAUCGUCACAGUCUCUCAGGAUCUCCAGCAAGAAACUUGGCGUUACGGCGCUCCAUGUUGCCGCAUAUUUCGGACAAGCCGACACGGUCAGGGAGCUUCUCACACACGUCCCUGGAACGGUGAAAUCCGACCCACCGACCGGAGGUUCUCUGGUCGGUGAGUUGGGCGCCGAAUCUGGAAUGACUCCAUUGCACCUGGCCGCGUAUUCCGGCAACGAAAACGUCGUGAGACUUCUUCUGAACUCCGCCGGUGUCCAGGUCGAAGCAGCCACAACAGAGAACGGCUUCAAUCCUCUCCACCUCGCUUGUUUCGGAGGUCACAUCACCGUCGUUGGACUUUUGCUCAGCAGAUCAGCGGAACUUUUGCACAGCGCCGACAGGCAUGGGAAAACGGGAUUGCACAUAGCGGCGACGCACGGACAUUAUCAAAUGGUGGAAGUCCUGCUGGGUCAAGGAGCGGAAAUAAACGCAACGGACAAAAACGGAUGGACGCCUCUUCAUUGCGCUGCCAGGGCGGGAUACCUGGACGUAGUGAAGCUUCUGGUCGAAAGCGGUGCGUCGCCGAAGAGCGAAACAAAUUUGGGAAGCGCUCCAAUUUGGUUCGCCGCUUCCGAAGGUCACAACGACGUACUCAAGUAUCUGAUGGAAAAGGAACACGAUACCUAUGCACUGAUGGAGGACAGAAGGUUCGUCUACAACAUGAUGGUCUGCAGCAAAAACAACAACAACAAACCGAUCGAAGAGUUUGUUUUGGUAUCUCCAGCCCCCGUGGACACUGCGGCAAAACUGUCGAACAUCUACGUGAAGCUUUCGGAGAAAGAGAAAGAAAGAGCGAAAGAUUUGAUCGCGGCUGGGAAACAGUGCGAGACAAUGGCGACGGAAUUGUUGGCCCUUGCGGCAGGUGCCGAUUCGGCGGGAAGGAUUUUAACCUCCAUGGACAGAAGGAACAUCGAGUUUUUGGACGUACUGAUAGAAAAUGAACAGAAAGAAGUUAUCGCGCACACCGUCGUCCAGCGAUAUCUUCAGGAACUUUGGCAGGGAAGUCUGAAAUGGAACGCCUUCAGGACGAUGCUCCUUUUCAUCGCCUUUUUGAUCUGCCCACCGGUUUGGGUCGUCUUCGCACUUCCCCUCGGUCACAAGUACAGCAAUGUUCCGAUCAUAAAAUUCAUGUCAUACCUGACUUCCCAUAUCUACCUCAUGGUGUUUCUACUGCUAGUCGGUAUCACCCCCAUUUACCCUGUCGUCAGAUCAAAUCUAAUCCCGUACUGGUACGAGUGGUGUUUGCUGAUAAUGUUAUCCGGACUAUUGUUGUUCGAGCUAACGAACCCAAGUGAUAAAAGUGGUUUGGGCUGGAUUAAACUGGCGGUUCUUUUGUUCGGUGUUUUCGGUGUUGCUUUUCAUCUCCUCGGAUUUGUGGCAGUGGAAAGACCCCAGUGGCCAACGUUGCUUUACCUAAGGAAUCAACUUUUUGCGAUCAGUUUUUUACUCGCCUGUGUGCAAAUACUCGAUUUUCUGUCGUUUCACUACCUCUUCGGACCGUGGGCCAUCAUCAUUGGAAAUCUGAUGAAGGAUCUGGCCAGGUUCUUGGCCGUCCUCGCGAUCUUCGUCUUCGGUUUCUCGAUGCAUUUCGUCGCUCUCAAUCAGGCAUUCAGAAACCAAUCCGUCAAGGAGGCAGCUAUUUACGACAGAACUAAGAAGGAAGCGUUUUCAGAUGGUUUGUUGGCCAAUUAUACAGAGUGGAUUCCGGAAACGCCGGUCUCAACGCAACCCCGGCGCUACGGGCGAUACAAGAAAAAAAAUGAAUGUUGUGACGAUAGCAGUAAAGAUUUUAGGAUGAACCCCGUACUGGCAGUUGAGCUUCUAUUCUUCGCCAUCUUUGGACAGACCUCUCACGAACACUUCAAGGUCGAAAAGAUGCAACCAGAAUGGACGACGGUCCUCUUCAAGUUGGCCUUCGGAAUUUAUAUGCUGGUUUCAGUGGUUGUGCUGAUUAAUCUUCUUAUUGCCAUGAUGAGUGACACCUACCAACGCAUUCAGGCUCAGUCUGACAUUGAGUGGAAAUACGGACUGAGCAAACUCAUCAGAAAUAUGCAUAGAACAACGACUGCACCAUCCCCGCUAAAUUUACUCACCACAUGGAUAUCUUAUCUUUACAAAAUCUGCAAAAAUCGUGCCGCGAAACGAAAACGUCCCUCGGUAGUCCACAUGAUGGGCUUCCAACGCACCGGGCGAAUGUCGGCCCGUUCAAAAAUGGGGGCAAAAUGGCUUUCGAAGGUAAAAAAAGGGCAGGUCGCUCACAAAGACAGCGUAGCUCUUUCCGUGGUGCAUCUCAGUCCACUUGGAAGUCAAUUAUCCUUCAAUAAUGCUCCAAGAAUUGACAAUGUCGUUGACUGGGACGCCGUGAGAAGGAAAUACCGUGAACUCGUUGGCGAAGAAUCUGAAAAACCUCCGGAGGAAAUAAAAGAGACCAUAGAGAGCGACCCUCUCGCCGCUCUCACGGGGUCUUCGACGACCGCCGCAGGUCAACCCCCUGCGUCGAAUUUGUUGACUUAGUGAAUUAGAGAUAAAUCAUCGCGCACUUUGCACGAUAUAUAGACGAUAACGCCAUAUACAUAUACCUAAUAUAUAUUUAAUAUAACGUUUGUACCCGCCGAUUUAUAUUGGUAGCCAUAUGAUUAAUAAUACGAUGUAACUAUAUGAAUAUAAUUGUAAAAUAUUCAGAAACGUAUGAUAUGCGAGCAUAAGUUUGUUAAAUAAACGAUUGUAGCUGAUUUAAGAUAAACCAGCACAAGGGACGGAGGGCAGGGGGUAAAGUUUUUUGUUCACGCUUCGUUUUCUUUCUCUCUAAUCAUUGAAUUUUAGACAUCACUCGACGUCUAACUACAUCGAACGGUUAGUUACUACCUUUUGUCCUAAGCAUUCGUAGAGAAACUGGUAGUGUGCACGUUACAAAUGAACGUUGUGUAUAUAUAUAUAUAUAAUUCACCCGUAAUUUAGCAAAGAAAAACAAUUUAGACAGUUUUUCUGCGGCGUUUGAUUGCCCGCGCUUCAUUUACUCUUCCGCCGCCAAAAAUUAUUUCUGCGACGAAAAUUUUAGCGGCGGAAGUUGUCGGUGUGCCAGCAAAAAACGACGAAGAGAAACUCAAAGAUCCAAAAUAUCCCUGUAUCCAAUUUUUCGUAACGACUCACGAAAUAUGUUUGUCGAUGGAAUUGACCACAGAUCAAGCAUGUGUGUUUAUAGUGUAAUCGUUGUGUGCAGUAUAGUUCACGAAGGCACAUCAUCUGAACAGUAGAAACCUUCGAAAAUCAACCCGCAUUUCCUUGUUUUACCAUUUUUCAUCUAUAGACGCGUAUCGAUGAACGGAAUAGCGUUCAAUCGAUGUAAAAAAAUAUGUGUUUCCGUGUGAUGUGUAGUCGAAUGUUGUAAAUAUUAUACCUUUUGGUUUUGUAUGAAUGAUUUUUGAUGGAAUGUAAGACGCUUCAAAAGUAUAACAUGAUCAUCACCCAGCAUGGCCGAAAAAAAAACCCAAGAAAAAAAAAAGGAAUUGUUACCGCAACACCGAAUUGUUUGCGUAUUGAAUGUGUAAUGUGCAUCCCCAUGUGUCCAGUAGGUACAUUAAUAGAAAAACACAAUUGCAAGUGAACCUCCCAAUAGUUGAAAGUCACGAGUUGAUGAUAUGCACGAGGCCCUUAUUUCCAUGUAGCGAAAACAUGCCGAUGUUAAUUAAAUUAGCUCGCAAAUUCGAAACCACUAUUUUUAGACAUCCAGCUGAAUGAUUCGUUGUAGACGAAGAAUAGUACGAUAAUUUUUGUUAUCCAGUUUUUACUUAUAAUUUUUGUACGUGAUGAUUUCUGUACAGAAUUGUCUUGUUACCUCACAUCACAUUGGAGUUAUUGAAUGAAUUAUCAGCCUGUUUAUAAUCGCCCGUCUUCCUGCCUCGAUCGAGAGUGAAAAGUAAUUUUUAUUUUACAGUCGUCGUCAG